AGCUUCUCCCAGUCGAAUUCUCCCUCCACAGCUCGUCAUGGGCUCCGAGUCAUCCCCGCAAUCACCCCAGGAGAUGCUCAAGUUCACCAGCACCGCCUCGAUCCUGACUCCGCGGCUGGGAAGACUGGCCGUGGCCGGCAGGAAACCCAUCUCGACGCCGCAUUAUAUCCCUCUGACGUCGCGAGGCGUGGUACCCCAUAUCACGCAAGAUGUGAUGCGCGACCAAACAGCCAUUGGCAGCGUAUUCGUCGGACUCGAGGAUUUCCUAGAGAGACAAACCGCGAAGAACCCCUUUCCCCCGGCAUAUAAGGUCCCUACAGCGGCCAACGAGUCGGCGCUCCGCAACUUCAUCUGCCUCCCCGAUGAUCUGCUGUUGAUCAUGGGCCCGCGCCGGGAGCCGCCGAUCAAAUGCCCGCCGUCGAACACACCGAACUCGAUCGCGAUCCUCACCUCCGUGGGCUACCGACAACUGGAGGCCAGCCACUAUAUCGAGGCGAUCCGCCACCUCCGGCCAGACAUCAUCAUCGGGCUGGCCGACCUGGUGCGCGGCCACAACCCGGGCCUCAAGCGGCGCGGCAAGAUGGUCGACCGGACCCACGCCUACACGACACACGCCACGGAACAACUCUACAAAAGCAAGGACACAAGCCAACAGCAGGGCGCGGCGACAACAACAACAACAACAACAACAACAACACCACCAACAACAACAACGAACGCGGUCUACUUCGCGCCGGUACUCCCACUCGAGAACGCAGAGCAAUCGAUCUACCUGGAGGACCUGGAAAGCGAGCUACGCCCAUACAUCUCAGGACUGGCACUGUACGAGUCAGCGUCGCUGUCAGCGGUGUCGGAGCCACUAGGCGACCUGCCGCGGCUCCUGUUCAGCGCGCCAGCGACACCGCACGAGGUCCUGCGCGACGUGUCGCUGGGCGCCGACCUGCACACGAUCCCAUUCAUGGGCAUCUGUUCCGACGCGGGGAUCGCCCUGAACUUCACCUUCUUCCCGCCCCCACCGCCACAGCCCCAAGAACAACAAGAAGAACAAACCUCAACACCCGCACCAUCCCAAAAUCAAGACCAAGGUCAAGCUCAAGCUCAACUGGCGCUAGCCUACGACCUCUGGUCACCGGAGCACAAGACGGACACGCGCCCGCUCUCAGAAAACUGCGAAUGCUACACAUGCCGCAACCACCACCGGGCGUACCUGCACCACCUCCUCUCGGCGAAGGAGAUGCUCGCCUGGUCGCUGCUGCAGAUCCACAACCACCACACCAUGGACGUGUUCUUCGCACAGAUCCGCCAGAGCAUCGACCGGGCGACGUUCGACGCCGACACGCAGGCCUUCAGUCGACGAUAUGUCUCCGAGCUCCCAGAACCAAAGGGUCAAGGACCACGACUAAGAGGCUACCAACUCCCAGCCUCAGGACCGAAUCAACCCCGCCGCCACGCCCGCGUCUACGGCCGCCUCGACGACGCAGCGGAGAAGUUCGCCGAGUCGCAGCAGUCGUCCGUCGCGACGCCGGAUACGGGCGCCGAUGGGUUGGAGGAGCAUGGGUUUGCGAAGAAGGUUUGAUAGAGAGAUCUGAUCUUAGAUUCGACGGGGACGGGACGAUGAAGUAUAGCAUAGGCAUAGCGUGACAUAGUAUAGCAUGACAUACAGAGUGGGGAUAGUUCGGUAGAGUGGCAUGGUAUGCCACCAUUGCAUGGCAAAGUAUAGUAUAGUAUAGUUUAUCAGUG